GCACGCCGGCGAGUGGACCGCAGAGUGAAGGCUGGCAGCGGCCGGCAUGGACGUGAGGGGGGAGUUUCGCCGCGCCGCUCGCCACUCCUAAACUGAUCAACUCCCCUGCCCUCUUAUAAAACAAUCGCUCGCCCUCACCGUUUGUUUUUUAACUAUUUUGUGAGGAGUCAAUGUUUUUUUUUUUUUUACAUUUUAAUAACUGCUUCAGAUUGUGCACUGAGCCGGCACGAUGGCGGUGAUCAUCUCCGCUGCGAGGCUAUUGUCCGAUGAGUGAGGCUUUCUGUGUGGAGUUGCGGCGCUCAGUCAUGCCGGGCGGCAGGGGAGAUGGUGCCGUCAUCAUGAGGCGGAGGUCGGCCAGCGUGGGUCCCGUCAGCGUGGAGCGGCACACGCCGCUCAGGGAGGUGGAGCAGGACGAGGACGGCGACGAGGAGUUCCAGGACGGGGUGCCUUUCUAUGUCAACCGUGGCGGGCUGCCGGUGGACGAGGCCACCUGGGACAGGAUGUGGAAGCACGUUGCUAAGAUCCACCCUGAAAGAGAGAAGAUGGUGCAAAGGAUUCGAGGCAUGCCUUAUCUCCCCAAGAUUCCAACACCGUGUGUGCCUACAUUUCAGCUGUCCACGCUUGUCCCUGACCGCCUGGAAGCCAUUCAGAGAUACACCAGGGAGUUGCAGUACAAUCACACGGGGACACAGUUCUUUGAGAUUAAGAAGAACCGACCUUUAACUGGCCUAAUGGAUCUUGCACGAGAAAUGAUUCGAGAAUCUCUGCCAAUAAAGUGCUUGGAGGCUGUGAUCCUGGGGAUAUACCUGACCAACGGAAUGUCCGGCGUGGAGAGGUUUCCCAUCAGUUUUAAGACCCAAUUCUCAGGGAGCAGCUUCCGCCACAUUGUGCUGGGCAUCCACUACGCGGGCCGCUUUGGCAGCUUGGGCAUGAGCCGGCGGGAGGACCUCAUGUUCAAGCCCCCUGUCUGCAGGACCCUGCUGGACCUGGUGCUGGAGUUUGAGGGCUCAUACCGCAGGUGCUGGCACUCGCUGAAGAAGGUGAAGAUCGGGCAGUAUGUGUCGCACGAUCCGCACAGCGUGGAGCAGAUCGAGUGGAAGCACUCGGUGCUGGACCUGGACAGACUGAGCCGCGAUGAGCUGCGGAGAGAGCUGGAGAGGCACGCCCGUGACAUGCGGCUCAAGGUUUUGAAGGGAGCGGCCGUGCCCUCUUCGCCCACCCGCGAGAGGAGGAAGGACACGUCGUCGCCCCAGCGCAGCCAGUCCAGCCCGCAUCGCAGGAACAGCCGCAGUGAGAGACGAUCUUCAGGAGAGAAGAAAGCCACGGAACAAAAGAGCGUGAAUGAUGUUGGUUACCAGAUCCGUGUGUGAGGGUGAGGUCUGGGGCCUUGAGUGAGUGAACGUGCUGUGCUGUGAUCUGGUGAAGAGCAAGCACCCAGUGCACGCCGCACUCAAACCCACGACAACAAAGGUUGCCGUCCCGUAUUUCCAAGUAGCCGUUAACAGUAUUAAAUUGUGACCUUUUUUUACAUUUUUAUUUUAUUGUUUUCUAAUCUUCAAAGGAACACUUUUCAGCCAACGGACAGUCAGCUUGAUAGCAACUUUUUGGUUAUGAGCUGAGCGUGACAAUAUUUACGGGGAGUGCCGGAGUUCGACGUUAAGGUGCUGCCAAUGUUGGAGACUCUGUGGAUGUGCAGGGAAUGCCGAGCCCUACACAGGCUGGAUGUUUAUCACCAGCUGGCUGAAGACAACCAGGGCAACACAAGGAACGGCAGAUACUGGAGUCCUCAACAAAAUACAAAACGCUCACUUCAGCAACUUAGCAGGUCUGGCAGCAUUUACCUAGAAACAUAGAAAAUAGGUGCAGCAGCAGGCCAUUUGGCCCUUCGAGCCAGCCAU